AUGGAGAGACAGCAUUGUAAUUCACUUCAAAACUUUGAUGAGCCCAAAACAGAAAUUUUGAAAAAAAGAUUAUUGAAAGCAGCAAACACGUCAGUAAAUGCCAAUCUUACACCAAAUAGUGUGCAACAAAAUGUACUACUGAACACAUUACGGGCGCCAAUAUCGAGCAGUAUGAUCGUGUCCUCGAUGCAGGCUUCUCAAAGCUCCUUGCCUAUAACUCACAAUUUAGUUACCCAUUCAAUAGCUCCUGUUAAGAUUCAUGCAAAUAACUCUCCUUAUCCUUUACAGUUAUCCACUGUUCAUGUCCCAGUACAGAUACCAGGUUCUACAUCAAAUAUUAAUGUUCCUGUACAAUUAUCAGGUCCUACAAACACAGUACCAUUACAAAUAACACCAGUGAGUUUACCUCUCCAAGUUUCUGGUACUACAAAUGUGCCAGUACAAUUACCUGCUGGUGAGACUAUAAACGUCCCUCUUCAAAUACCCUCUGGCAGUCAGAACAUUCAGCUAUCAGGACAAGCUUUGCCCUCUAUGCCAGUGUUACAAAACGCCAACCAAUCAUUACACAGUUCUAUUAUUCAUGUUCACAUGGGUUCAAAUCCAAGGGUCCCAAAUAUGGAUGGAGCAUCAGACAUGACUGUAUCCACAUCAUCACAAAUUCAACUACCUGAUAGUUCUGGUUCUCAAGUUAAAGUGAACAACCCUCUUCCUCAAGUCCAAGUUGGACACAAUAAUACCUUAAUCCAAAUGCAGAAUGCUCCCAAUCCUAAUUCCAUACAAUUGCGAGGAGCGCCACGUCCAGUGCCUCAUGUGGUGUACAUACAAACUCCUACAGGGCUAAAACCUGUUACAAGUACUGAUGUCAUCACACAAGCAAGUACAAGCGGAAACCCACCACAAAUCAUAGUAAGGAGACCAGUAACCAGCAACUCUAACAUUCACCUUAUAUCAAAUGUCAAUGUGAACACAAAACCUAAUAUCGCUCCAAAGAACAUUGCACCAGCACCUAACAAGUCUUCCAUAAUCGCUCCUGUCAAUGCUAGUCAGCCGAUAGUCAUACAAAAACCAAAAGCUAAUGACAAAAUGAUGGUGCCAGUCAGCAUUGCACCAAAUAACCAAGGCAAGUCUGCUAUCGCAUAUCUGGGCUCAAUGAAGAAACCCAAUCAGAAGGCUAUUACGGAGAACCAAUCUAUAUUGAUAUCAAAUAAUCAACCCAAUGUAAAUACCAGCAAUCAAAAGUUGUUUAUUACGCCAAUGAACAUGCCUAAGAUUCAAAACACAAAGUUUAUUCUACCUGUUUCCCUACCCGCGACGAUGGCCUCUAAAGGUCCCAUAAUUAAUCUUCAAAUAGCAAAUGGUCAGAUACAAAAUGAUCCUCAGGGUAACAUCACAGUGAUGCGUGACACAGCAGCAAUGGAAGCACAAGAUUUGCCACCCCUGCAACCGCUUAAACUGUUAAAUGGCAAAGAUGUGCCACAAAGUCCAAAAAGCGAUAAAGCUUAUACAAUAUCUAUUCCCGGCUCCCGUGCUGAACCCACUGGUGCACAAGGAGAGUAUACACUAUCAAUACCAGAAACUAAUGCGUCAAUGAAUGACGAUAUUUAUACAGUUUCGAUAGCCGAUGAAGACGACAGUAGAGAAAAGUCCUUCACAUUAGCCAUACCUGAAAAAGGCAAAAGCCUAUUAAAUAGAAAUUCAAUAGAUAGAAGUGAAUUUGGGUUUAGGAAUAUCAUAGAUAGAAACGAUAUAGGGGCACCGACGAUCGCCGCUCCGGCGAUACUCAGGCGUUCGAACUCCGAUAAUAGUGACAGAAAGACUGCAAAUGCGAACAUGAAGAGACGCAUAUCAUUAUGCACAGAAAACUUAUCAAACAAAAGUAUUAAACUUUCAAUACCAACAAAAAUUGAGAAAUUAGAUGAACCACCAGAGGCUGACACGAAUGACGACCACCGUGUACCGUCACUGUUUUGUGAUGAAAAACUAGACAAAGACUUAGAGGCUAAACACUUAGAUUCAGAUGCUGAGGACUAUAAAGAGCAUAAAAGCAAAACAAAUUCCGAGAACACGACUCACGAAAUGUACUAUUCUAAAAUAGAUGAUUUCAACAGAAACGAAAAUGUCAAAAUUGACGGCUUACUAGAAGAAGAUCCUCCAGGAUUAAUAUGGAAUAAUGGCAUUGCUAGAUUACAGGGUAGUAAUCUACAGUUUCGUACUAAUGAAUUUGGUCUUAUAGAUAUCAUAGACAGCAGUGACCAGGAGGAUGCAAAGUACCACUCGCCCACGAAACAUAAAAUAGACAGAAUUCAUAGAGAAAAGAAACCUAAUUCACCCGAAGACUUGUUUAGGUGUGAGUGUUGCGGCUGUCAUGGCAUGGCGGCUGAAUUUAUCACGCCGAGUUUCUGCAGCGCUGCGUGUCAAAGUGAAGUUACGAAAGCAUUACAGAAGAAAAAAGAUAAGGAACGUGUCGAGUUAGUAAAGAAAAAGAACAAAAUGAAGAAAUUGUUGAUGAAGAAACAACUGUCUGAUUCAGAUCUUAUUUUAUCUGAGGCAAAAGACGAUAAAGCGUUGCUUAAACACUAUGAUUCCAUGCCGGCGGACAGUCAAAUAUCAGAAGCGGCCUUGUUGAAAAUGAGCGAGGAUAUGAUAGAAAAUGAGAAGUACCCUUGGAUGUGUGGAAAAAAUGGGUUUUCUUGGAUGCGAUAUCUCGAAAUUUGUAAAGCCAAACCAGCUCCAGUCAAGUUAUUUGGGGAGUCUCCAUUCCCCUAUCACAAGAACGGCUUCAAAGUGGGAAUGCGUUUGGAGGCGAUAGACCCCCAGCACCCAUCCUUGUUUUGUGUCGUGUCUGUAGCAGAAGUGCAGGGUUAUAGGAUGAGACUUCAUUUUGAUGAGUAUAGUGAACUUUAUGACUACUGGGUAAAUGCGGACUGUCUAGAUAUAUUUCCUCCAGGAUGGUGUGAGAAGAAUGGCCGUACUUUGCGGCCCCCAUCCAAUAUGAGCAUUACAAAUUUCUCGUGGCCUUUGUACUUGAAGCAAAUGAAGGCUGUUGCAGCUCCGAGGAAUCUUUUCCCACAUGUAACAACCACGGUGUUCAAGCCAAAUUGCUUCCGCAUCGGUAUGAAACUCGAAGCCGAAGACCGUAAGAACGAGCUCGUGUGCGUAGCUUCUAUAGCUGACGUAUUGGAGAACAGGAUGCUGAUUAAUUUUGACAGCUGGGACGAGAUGUACGACUUUUGGGUCGACCCCACCUCGCCGUACAUACACCCCGUGGGCUGGGCGGAAGAGAAUGGAGUGCCGUUGACGCCACCUAACUUCUACAAAGACCCAGAUACGUUUUCGUGGGAGAAUUACCUGGCUGAGACGGGCGCUUCGUCGGCGCCCCCACGAGCUUUCAAGACGCGCCCACCGCACGGGUUCAAACCAGGGAUGAAGCUGGAAGUUGUUGAUAAGAGGGUACCAUUCCUCAUCCGUGUGGCCACAAUAACCGCGGUGAAGGGCCACCAGGUACGUGUGUCAUACGACGGCUGGCCGGACGACUUGUCGUGCUGGCUGGAGGACGACUCGCCUGACAUACACCCCGUGGGCUGGUGUCUUAAGACUGGACAUCCGUUGGAACCUCCCCUUACAGCGGAAGAGGUCCGCACCCCCGGUCCGUGCGGCGUGGGCGGGUGCCGAGGGCUGGGCUCGGUGCGCGGCGGGUCGCACAAGCAUCACUCGGCGGCGUCCGUGUGUCCCUACCGCAGCCUUCCUCGCGCGCCCGACCGUCUCGCGCCGCAAGACUCUCCACCGCACCACGCGCUGCCACGGGAACGAAGAGUGUUCGGUAAACAAGCCAAGUCGAACUCCGUACAUACGAGUACACCGACCAGUGAUGUUGUCAAAGAAAGACCAUUACGAGGAAGACCACCCAAGCAUAAGAGAAUAGAGGAAGUCGUGAAGAAUGACCCGGCUUCAGACGACGAAUCACUGUCGAGCGGUGGCGGGAAGCGCGCGUCCCAGCCGCACUCCGAGUGCUCGCGCAGCUUGCGCACCUACUCGCGCAGGGCCUCCGCCACCCCGUCCGCGCUCGUCGCGCCCGCCCCUCUCGCACCCCUCACUCCACCCGCCGCGCGCACCGACCAGCUCGUCAAGCACCUCGCGGCCCUAGCGCUACCGCAGGACCCCACUCUUUGGACUCAGAGUGACGUAUCAGCCCUGGUGACGAGAAUAGCGGGCGUCGGCGCCGGUACGGCGGUGGCGGCCGCGCGCCUGUCGGGCGCCGAGCUGGUGAUGGCCUCGCGAGACGAGCUCGUGCACUGCUUGCGCCUGCGCCUGGGGCCCGCCGUCAAGGUGUACACCGCCGUGCGCCACCUGCGCGCCGGCUACACGUGA